AUGUCAGGGGAGGUGGGGAGGCUGCGGAUAGGAAAAUGCAAAUGGUUCAACGUUGCCAAAGGCUGGGGCUUCAUCACCCCCGAUGACGGUGGACAAGACGUCUUUGUGCACCAGAGUGUGAUCAAGAUGUCUGGGUUCAGAAGCCUGGGAGAGGAGGAACAAGUGGAGUUCGAGUGUAAGGUGUCAGAUAAGGGUCAGGAGGCGACGAUAGUGACGGGCCCUGCUGGAGCCGAGUGCCGUGGCUCUCACAGACGACCAAUGACCAAGAAACGCUUCAGAAAGAUAAGAUGCUACAACUGUGGUGAGUUUGCUAACCACAUUGCCGCCAAGUGUACAAUGGGACCUCAGCCUAAACGAUGCCAUUACUGUAAGAGUGAGGACCAUCUUAUAGCUGACUGUGCACAGCGGCCAGAAAAGAGCAGAGGAAAUGAUGAUCCAGAGUCAGAGCUCGGGGAGACGAGAGUGUAG